AUGGCCGACACCGAAGAUGCUGGCGCAUCUGUUUCAGAGCCCUUGGAUCUUGUUCGUCUUUCCCUCGAUGAGGUCGUUUUUGUGAAGCUGCGCGGUGACCGUGAACUCAAGGGCCGCCUCCACGCUUACGAUAGCCACUGCAACCUGGUCCUCGGUGACGUGGAAGAGACAAUCUACCUGGUAGAAGAGGAUGAUAACGAAGAAGAGACUGUGCGGACAAUUAAGAAGCAGGAAGAGAUGCUAUUUGUGCGAGGAGACUCGGUUGUCUUAAUCUCCCCCCAGGCAUAA